CAGAAAUAUUCAGUUUUUAAAGCGCAAGCGCGCAAUUUAUUUUAAAGUUCCUAGACGUUAGUGUUUGUCUUAUAAAUUUUGCAAGAAUAAUUUAGAAAAAAAAGCUUUGUUUUAAUUUAUUAAAAUACGUUAAUCGAAAAUACAUAAUAUAAAAAAAUUGAACUGAACAAAAAGAUGUCUGUUUCUUCAUCAACUUUCAAUUUAUUUGAGCCUUGGGAAAUUCAACCAACAAAGAGAAGAUUAUGUAUUGGUAAUGACCGCCUACCAUAUGAUUAUGAUGUCGUUCCAAUGCAUUUAGUUUCGUAUUUAUCAACUUUUCCUGAAUUGAGACGGAAAAAAAGUGGCCAAAUCAAGCAUGAUUUCAAAAAUAAUAGUGACAUAAAAGGGAAUGAAUAUCAAAUGUGUUUAAAAGUAUCCAAUUUUAAACCGAAUGAAAUAUCUGUUAAAGUAAAAGAUGAAGAUGUCAUUAUUGAGUGUAAACAUGAAGAAGAACGUGAUAAAUAUGGUGCUAUGUCUCGUCAUUUUAUAAAGCGAUUUAAACUACCAGAUGAGUAUAGUUUAGAUAACUUAUCUUCAUAUCUGUCAUCAGAUGGUGUACUAAUUAUAAGAGCUCCUAAAAAACUUGCAGGUGAUUCAAAUGAACGUAUUGUUCAUAUACAACAGACUGGUCCUGCAUAUUUGAAUGUUAAAAAUUCUUCAUAAUACAAUGAAUAAAAGCGAAAAUUAAAUAUGAAACUUGUACUUUUUACUUUUCAACAUAAAAGUUUUCUAAAUAUGUAGAUAAUAUAAUGGAAUGUUGAGAUUGGUUUUCAG